AGUUGAGAAAAAUGAAGCGGAGUUACGCUGGUGGAGCGGAGAAGACGAGAGAAGAGCGAACAUGUUUUUUUUUUUUUAAAUCAAAACUACCAAAGAUGUCAACUUUUUUUCGAGUGACACCGAAUGUAGCCGCAGGUUCUCUACAACAGAGAUGAAGCGGAGAGAGACACAGGGACGCUUUUCAUCGCAAAGAUCAACAACCACCAGGCGAGGCUCUGAACAGAUCGAACAUCAGGAGACACAUCAGGCUUCAGGUGUGAAUGUUCACAGCGACUCAUGGAGGAGAAGAGGAGACAUGCCAUCAAAACACAUCUCAAAGGAUCUGAACAGAAACAACAUCACCAGAAUCACCAAGGUGGACUUCUCCGGCAUCAAGAACCUCAGGAUUCUUCACCUGGAGGACAACCAGAUCAGUGUGGUGGAGCGAGGAGCCUUUCAGGACCUCAGACUGCUGGAGAGGCUUCGACUGAACAGAAACAAGCUCCAGUUCCUCCCGGAGCUUCUCUUCCAGUCCAACCCCAAACUGGGACGCCUAGACCUCAGUGAGAACCAGAUCCAGUCGGUUCCGAGGAAAGCUUUCAGAGGGAUCACGAGUGUCAAGAACCUGCAACUGGACAGCAACCACAUCAGCUGCAUCGAAGAUGGAGCUUUCCGAGCGCUGCGCGAUCUGGAGAUUCUCACCCUCAACAACAACAACAUCACCCUCAUCCCCCUGUCCAGCUUCAACCACAUGCCCAAGCUGCGGACCCUGCGCCUGCACUCCAACAACCUCCACUGCGACUGUCACCUGUCCUGGCUCUCUGAUUGGCUCAGAGCCAGGCGGGGCUUGGCUCCCUUCACCCAGUGCAUGGCCCCCGCCCACAUGAGGGGCCUCAACGUUCCAGAUGUGCAGAAAAAGGAUUUUGUCUGCAACGGUCCAGUUCAGACGGAGUCGAGGGCUUGUGUUCCUCAGGUAGCCGUGUGUCCGCCCAGCUGCACCUGCAACAACAACAUAGUGGACUGUCGUCGGAAAGGUCUGACUGAAAUACCAGCCAACCUCCCCGAGGGCAUCGUGGAGAUUCGUUUGGAGCAGAACUUGAUUAAAAGUGUCCCUGCAGGAGCGUUUUCUGUCUACAAGAAGCUCAAAAGGAUUGAUUUGAGUAAGAACCAGAUUUCUGACAUUGCUGCCGACGCCUUCAGUGGCCUUCGCUCACUCACCUCACUGGUUCUGUACGGCAACAAGAUCACAGAGCUUCCCAAGGGAUUGUUUGACGGACUGGUUUCCCUGCAGCUGCUGCUGCUGAAUGCCAACAAAAUCAACUGUUUGAGAGUCAACACCUUCCAGGACCUGCAGAACCUCAACCUGCUGUCACUGUACGACAACAAGCUGCAAACCAUCAGCAAAGGCCUGUUCGCCCCUCUGCGCUCCAUCAAGACUCUUCACCUGGCCCAGAAUCCCUUCAUGUGUGACUGUCACCUGAAGUGGCUGGCAGACUACUUGUUCGACAACCCCAUUGAGACCAGUGGAGCCCGCUGCAGCCACCCCAGAAGGCUGGCGAACAAACGCAUCAGCCAGGUCAAAGGCAAGAAGUUCAGGUGCACAGGUCAGGAGGACUAUCGCAGUCGUCUGAGUGGAGAGUGUUUCCAGGACCUGGUGUGUCCGGAGAAAUGUCGCUGCGAAGGCACCGUGGUCGACUGCUCCAAUCUCAAGCUGACCCGUUUACCUCCGCACAUCCCCGAACACACCACAGACCUGAGGCUAAACGACAAUGAAAUUACAGUCCUGGAGGCUGCAGGGACGUUUAAGAAGCUGCCCAACUUAAGAAAGAUCAACCUCAGCAACAACAAGCUGAGGGACAUCCGUGAAGGUACGUUUGAUGGAGCGGGUGGAGUUCUGGAGCUGCUGCUGACCGGGAACAAGCUGACUGGACUGCAGGGACGCAUGUUCAGAGGCCUCGUCGGCCUCAAGACUCUAAUGCUGCGGAGCAACCAGAUCAGCUGCAUCGACAACAGCACGUUCACCGGUCUGAGCUCCGUGCGUCUGCUGUCGCUGUACGACAACAGGAUCUCCAGCAUCGCCCCGGGAGCCUUCUCCACCCUGCACUCUCUGUCCACCAUUAACCUCCUGUCCAACCCGUAUGUGUGCGACUGUCACCUGGCCUGGCUCGGUCAGUGGCUGAAGAAGACCAGGGUGGUGAGCGGGAACCCUCGCUGUCAGAAACCGGCCUUCCUGAAGGAGAUCCCCAUCCAGGACGUGGCCACCCCAGACUUCACAUGUGACGGUGCUGAGGAUAAUGGCUGUCUUCCUGCGUCUGGCUGUCCUGACGUCUGCACGUGCUCAGACGGCGUGGUGCGAUGCAGCAACAGAGGGCUGCACUCUCUGCCCAAGGGCAUUCCCAAGGACACCACGGAGCUGUAUCUGGAGGGAAAUAUGCUGACAUCUGUGCCCAAGGAGCUGGCAGUCCUGAAGCAGCUGUCACUGGUGGACCUGAGCAACAACAGCAUCAGCACGUUGAGCCCGUACACCUUCAGCAACAUGACCCAACUGGCCACACUCAUCCUGAGUUAUAACCAGAUCCGCUGCAUCCCGGUUCAUGCCUUCGACGGGCUCAAGGCGCUUCGCCUGCUAACUCUCCAUGGUAACGACCUCUCAACUAUACCAGAAGGAGCUUUCAACCACCUCACCGCUCUGUCCCACCUGGCUCUCGGCGCUAACCCCCUGUACUGUAACUGUGACCUGCGCUGGCUCUCUCAGUGGGUGAAGGCCGGCUUCAAAGAGCCCGGCAUCGCUCGUUGCACCGGACCUCCCGACAUGGCCGACAGACUGCUGCUCACGACGCCGCUCAACAGGUUCCAGUGUAAAGGUCCAGUAGAUAUCAGCCUGAUGUCGAAGUGCGCCCCCUGCCUGGCAGCGCCCUGCCAAAAUAACGGCACCUGUGUGUCCGACGCUACCGGAUCGUACCACUGCACCUGUCCGUAUGGAUUCAAGGGUCAGAACUGUGAAAUACCCAUCAACGCCUGUAUUAGUUUCCCCUGCUCUAACGGAGGAACCUGCCACAUUCAGCCCGGCCAGGAGGACCACUUCAGCUGUGUGUGUCCGCCGGGCUUCGAGGGCCAGCGCUGCGAGAUGAACCCGGACGACUGCGAAGACAACGACUGCGAGAACAACUCCACCUGCAUCGACGGCAUCAACAACUACACCUGCGUCUGUCCGCCCAACUACACAGGCGACCUGUGUGAGGAGGUGGUCGACCCUUGUCUCCACGGAUUCGAUCCCUGUCAACACGACUCAAAGUGCGUCCAUGUCGGCCGCAGUUACAGGUGCGAGUGUUUACCGGGCUACGUGGGCCAACACUGUGAGCAGGACUACAAUGAUUGUCUGGAGAAUAAGUGUCAACAUGGAGCGGAGUGCGUGGACGCCGUCAACGGCUAUACCUGCGUCUGCAAGCAAAGUUUCAGUGGGCUGUUCUGCGAGAACCCUCCGCCAAUGAUCCUGCUGCAGACCAGCCCCUGCGACCAAUCCGACUGCCAGAACGGCGCCCAGUGCCUGGUGGUUGCUGGGGAGCCCGUCUGCCGCUGCAUGCCCAGUUUCUACGGUAGCAAAUGUGACAAGAUGGCCACCGUUCACUUCCUGGGUAGAGACGGAUUUGUGGAGCUGCCGGGCGCGAAGCUCCGACCCACAGCGCACAUUUCAUUACAGGUGGCCACAGAUAAAGACAACGGUAUUCUGUUGUACAAGGAGGACCACGACCCGCUGGCGCUGGAGCUGUACCAGGGACACAUACGACUCAUCUACGACAUCGCCAACUACCCACCGACCACCGUGUACAGCGUGGAGUCGGUGAACGAUGGGCUCUUCCACACGGUCGAGCUGUUGAUCCAGAACCGCUCGCUCAGCCUGGUGGUGGAUAACGGUGCCCCGAAGAGCCUGGGCAAGCUCGCACGUCAGCCCUCCGUCGACCACAACACCCAGCUUUACAUAGGAGGCGUUCCAUCUCAGGUGGUGGCCUCAGGUCUGCGACCCGGCCCAGAGCGUUCCCUUCAGGCUUUUAACGGCUGCAUCCACAAUGUCCGGAUCAACGGCGAGGCUCAAGACCUGAGUUUCCGAGCCGCGGGAGGAGCGCAACCUCAAGGGGUCGAGGCAAAGGGCGAUGCCGUUCGCGCAGGGUGUCACUCCUGCAGCGUGUGUGCUCAGGGCGCCUGCAGGGAGGGCGGAGAGACGGGGGUAACGUGUGACUGUCCUCCAGGACGCAGCGGGGCUCUGUGUGACCAGACGACGGCACCGAGCCCCUGUCAGAACAGCAGAUGUGCUCACGGCCUGUGUGUGCCGAAGGGUCAGUCCUACAGCUGCAAGUGCAGCGAAGGUUACCAGGGUCAGUUCUGUGAUAGACGGCAGGAGCCUGCAGCCUGCAGGGGGCAGCGCUGUGGGCACGGAGAGUGUCGCGUGUCAGAGUCAGGAGAGCCCGUCUGCCAGUGUCAGCCAGGGUACACCGGACCUACCUGCGACACCGAGCUCACAUGUCAGGGAGAGAUGGUGAGGGAGCAUCUGAAGCGCCACCACGCGAUGAGAACGUGCACAUCCACCAGCAAGAUUCCCCGCAUGGACUGCCCCCGAUCCUGCCAGGCGGCGGCGCCCGCAGGCGUCUGCUGUGGCAUCACCAAGAGCAGGAGGAGGAAGGUGGUGUUCCGCUGCACCGACGGCACCUCGUACUCCGAGGAGAUGGAAACUGCUCUGGAGUGCGGCUGCUCCAAGUGCCCGUUGUAACAGCGCCGCAGUUCGUUAGUUUUGUUUUGCAACACCCACCGCUGCCAUUUUGUGAAUUCUACACGCCAACGAGGCCGUCGCUCUGAGAUUUUUCACACGUUGAUGAGCACCACCGUCAUGUGAUCUUUCCUUUUUCACACACACUCAGUUUGACCGCCGCCAAUCUGCUGCCAAGAGAAAACCACAAACGGAAACAAAAAUGGGACAUGUGUGCGUGUUUUUUGACAGAGAGAAAAUAUAUUGUAAGAUAUAAGUGAGAAAAAACAUAGAACUUAUUUUUAUUAUGAUGAUAAAAGGACUGAUAAGUUGUUUUUUUUAAUAUGUUGAUUAUAUAUUGUGUUACAUAGUAUGAAAAGUUAUUUUGUACCUUGUAAGAAGAAAAAAAUACGCCGCAAAAUAGAUUAACAUUCCUUAAAAGUAUAUGAAUUGAUAUGUAUGUAUAAAUCUAUAAAAAUAUAUACCCUAACCCAGUGAAUUUUAUAUUUCCAAGUGUAUUUGCAUGAUGUCAGUGUGAGUGCUGAUGUGUGGGAGGCUGUGGACACUGAGAGACGAGGGCCGAGAGCGAAGACGCAGCGAGGAAGAGUCGGCGGUCUUCUGAUGUCCUCUCUCUUGGAGGAAAAAGGGAACUGUACGUGCCUAGCUAACCUGCUUCACUAUAUAAUGGACAUCUUCCUCACAUGUGAGAAAAAAUCAAAAAAAGACUCUUUCCACAGAGAUGAUUUAACAGUCUGAUCUAAUAUUGUGUUAUUCUUUAGUUUGCUGUUGCACACCAGACUUGGAGGUUUGACGUGAAAAUCUGAAUUUGCUAUAAAAACAUCAAAUCAGCAGCAGUGAAAGGAUACUGAGGGAGUCCCUGAUGGCGUCAUGACAACGCAGAUGCUUAGUUCAGGUGGAAACGGGAAGCCAUGUUAUAAUCAAACCACCCAAUCACAUUACAGUAACUAACCACCAGGCUUUAACAGGUCAGCUGUGGUAAGAAGCACUUGAGCAGAGAGAGUCGUGACAACGGAAGUUCAAAAUGCCGAUCGUCACGUGAUUCAGGGAGACUUCAGGAAGUUCUGAGCAUCAGUUUAAAUGCAUGAAUACAGAUACAGAAGUACGAUGUUUUGCAUUUCGUGGUUAAUACGUGAUUUAUUGAUUGCUUAAAACAGAAAUGUUCCAGUGGUGUGAAAAGGAGAUGACGUGACUCUCUCUGCUCCAGCGCUCUGGUUACCGCCCCCAACAGUGAUGUCACAGCGUUCUGACACACCGUGGUGCACUUCUACACCACUGUAGCAUGUUGACAUGUUAAACCCCUGGAUUAUAAAAAAAAAAACCAAGAUUCUCCACUGGUUAAAGCUGCUCUCAACAUGAUCACACAUGAUGUUUAGAAUAAAGCCGUUAUACCAAAGUCAACUGUUUUGCCUUAACAGAUAAGAAGGUCAGAAAUCACUGACUGAAAUUGAUCUUUACCAUAGACGGUACGUAAAGAUGGACGACAGGUCUCCACUUCCUCCCACUGGACUAAAAUGGAGCCAAAGUGUCCUGAGACAAGUGUGUGGUACUGACCCGGUGACUUCAUGACUCAAUGUCAACAACCCAAUCACCAGAACAGAUGUUAGCUUGACAUCUGUUUAGGUUUAUUUUAUUUCUCUCUUGUCACAAAGCUGUGCUGAUGCUCUGUUUAGGUUUACACAAAAACAAACCAAAGAAAUCAUAAAUACACUUGGUUAUGAUCAGGAUAAAACAUGGUAUGUCUUAUUGUACCUGUUUUGUCUCCACAAUCAGAGUUGCAGACGGUCCAACUUCCCGUGGAAAAACACCAGAAAAUGUCCACAGGUCCUUAAAAAUAUCACUGGACUCAAACUUCCUUGCAGCCUUUUUGGCCUGUAGUAAACCACCUUCAGCUGCAUGUUCUGCUGUAACCAGCAGCUAAAAAGCAAAUAAUGUGAAUGUGAUAUGCUAAGUUUGGUCCACACGUCCACAUCGGACGUUUCUGUGGUUUGAAGACAUGUUCGCGGCUCACAUCCUGGCUGACUGAGCAAAGCUCAGCUGUGAGUCCUCAAAUGACUUAUUGAACCCAGCAGAGUGUAACACUCAGACAGACAUCAGCCUGACAAGAGCGACCUGAAAUGACAGAAGACAGCUUUGGAUUGGAAUCUUUGAGAGGAUUUAUUUGUCCCCUCCGCUAAAAUUGAGGGGGAAUAUCCUGCAGCUGGCCACCAGGGGGCGGUCGAGGUGCCUUCAUAUCGUCCAACUUUAUCUGCAGUCAAUCAAAUGUAAAAGUUGAAGUGCCUUGGUUUACUUAUUUUGAGAUUCAAAAAAUGUUGCUGCAAUAUUGUCCACAGCUGCUGGUGAAUGUUUGGGUCAUUUUCGGGUGGAUGUAAGCAUUGUUGUCUCCAUGACAACACAAUCAAAAUGCUAUGGUGGCCUUCUUUAGCUCCAAAAAAAAAAAAAAAGUUGCUCACGUUACAGAAACUUCCCUCUCUGUUAAAUCAGGUUGUGUGGUCAGGCAGUGUGAAGUGUGUGGAAGCCUUAAUCGUGCCUCAGUCCUGUUGAUCUGUUGUACAAGCCGGUGUUAAUGUGUGGAAGGUGAAGGUGAAGAUUUUAGACGAUUUGUUAAUGUUUUAAAUUGACGCUGUGAGGUCGAGGAUAAAAAAAAAACAAAAAAAAAAACAGUGCUCCAGUCUGAUCGCAGCGACAACAACUCAGUCGAAGUAGCUUCAGAUUCUGACCGAGGUGCCACAACACAGCUGACAGAUUCUUUCCAUAGAUGACUAACACGAUUAAAAUCAUAACAAGAGA